CAAAGCUUGAAAUUAACAAGGCUGUGGCGCGCGAGCCAAACGCAGCAAAGAGUGCACCGCAAGCUCGUGCGGUGCAAGCGAAGGCAAAAGGCAGCCCACGCGCGCGGAGGAAGGCAGCCCGGACCCAUGCCGGCGACGCCGCGCACGGCGCCAGCCGCCAACCUCCAAGCUUUGCGGCUGCACUACCCCGACGCGCCGGCCGCCGAGGUCUUGAGGUUCGCGACGGCAAGGAAAACGCCCAAGGACGCGCUCAAGCUUUAUCGGAACUACCUCAAGUGGCGUUCAGAUGAAGGCGCGCCGGCACGUUUACAAGAAAGAGCAGCACCCGUCCAGCAGCAAGCUCCCCAGUUCGCGACGCUCGGUGGGAGGACGAGACGCGGCGACCAGGUCGUCUUGGUCGAGGGCGCGCGCUAUUCUACGCAGAUUGAUAAGCAGGCAUACGUCGCCCAAAUGUGUGUACUGAUGGAUCAGGUGCUGUUGAAGGAUUCGGAUCGAAGGAUUGUGGUGUUAGUAGAUACGAGAGGCGGCUCGGGGCCGGGCUGGCACAACAAACCGGCCACGGCCGCGAUGCCUUUUUUUCGCGCACUGGCGUCGCUGAUUCCCGACAUGUAUCCCGAAAGAUUGAGGAGGAUCAUUAUUUAUCCCUUGCCGGGCUGGGCCACGACGCUCGUGAAGAUGGUGCGGUCCAUGCUGGAUCCGGUCACAAAAGCCAAAAUCAAGGUGAUCAAGGGGGACGACAAAAAAGACGCGCCCUGUCCCAUCAGCCUCUGUGCCUAUGAUUUGACGCAGGACCAGAUUCCCGUGCACGCUCGUCGUAGACAUUUGAUCCUGCCGGCGGACCCGUCUCUACCAAAACCUCCCGGAACGCCGCGGCGGCGGCCCUCGCUCGACGCCUAUCCAACAGUUUGGGUGCCGACGUCCGACGCGGAGGUCGAUGCCGCCGUGUUGUUGUCGUCGCCGACCAAGAGACCCUUUGUGGUAAGGAUGGCGAGUGGUGAAAUAGCGGAGGUGGCGCAAGUCAGGCCGCGCGACGCGCGCGCGGCCGAGUGCUAGCAUAGCCCGCCAAACUUUCUUCUCGCCAAACUUUCUUCUACCCCGCUGUCUGCGCCUGCGGCCGCUUCCCCCGAAUGCUAACUUUAUCAUGUG